GUUAAAUUAAGAGCGUCACUGAAUUCCGAAUGUCACUGACACAUUUGGAUGAUUUAACAGCAGAACUUUGCAACUUUAAUAAUAGCCUAAUAAUAAUAAUGAUAAUAAUAAUUCAGUUGUCAUUUGUUACCAUUUGUCAUUUAUCGUUUGCAACGUGUUAUUGUUUACAGUAUUUUCUGUUCGUAAUUUCUGCAGACCUCGAGAAAUGAGAUUUGAGGUUAAUUGGCAAGUCAUUCGGAGGGAAUGAAUGUUGGUGUGGAUCACACAGACUCAGCGGUGUGGACAUAAACCAAUCACAAAGCGAGAACUUCUCGAGCGAGGCGCACCAGCGCAUGAAUGUGGGUCAUUCCACGCGCUCAGCACCGGGAACGGACGCAGGUUUCCCAACUUGCCAACAUGGGACAAAGCUGGAUAUCGGACAGGUCAUUACCAAAGAAUAUCCUAAAACAAGGCAAAAGGCCAUUAUGAAGUGCUUUGGUGAGGUGCGAUAUUAACGGACAUGUUCUUAGAGAUGGAGAACGGCACAAACCACACGCAGGACCGCGCGCACGGAGCGCAGGAGCGAGAGGAUGGAGACGGGCAGAACAGCGUGCGAGCUCUGCUGGGUUUCGUGCUCUUCCUCCUCAUCGUCUCCACACUGCUCGGGAACACGCUCGUGUGCGCCGCCGUGGUCAAAUUCAGGCACCUGCGCUCCAAAGUGACCAACUUUUUCGUUAUUUCUCUAGCGGUUUCGGAUCUCUUCGUGGCCGUUCUGGUGAUGCCGUGGGAGGCGAUAUCCGCGGUGGCUGGCACGUGGCUCUUCGGCCGGUUUUGCGCCAUCUGGAUCGCCUUUGACAUCAUGUGUUCCACUGCGUCCAUCCUUAACCUGUGCAUCAUCAGUGUGGACCGCUACUGGGCCAUCGCGAGCCCGUUCCGAUACGAGCGCAAGAUGACCCACCGGGUGGCUUUCAUGAUGAUCGGGGUGGCGUGGACCUUGUCCAUCCUCAUCUCCUUCAUCCCAGUUCAGCUCAACUGGCACAUGGCUGAGGAAGAUGAGGACGGCACAGCGGGUAACGGCACCGACUACAGCGACAACUGCAAAGCCAACCUAAACAGGACGUAUGCAAUAUCGUCUUCGCUGAUAAGUUUCUACAUCCCCGUGAUCAUCAUGAUCGCCACGUACACGAGGAUAUUCCGUAUUGCGCAAACACAGAUCCGCAGGAUCUCCUCUUUGGAGAGGGCAGCAGAGCACGCGCAAAACCACCACCAGUCCAACGACUGUUCCAACGAGAACUCACUGAAAACCACUUUCAAGAAAGAGACCAAAGUUUUAAAAACACUCUCGAUCAUUAUGGGGGUCUUUGUGUUCUGCUGGCUGCCGUUUUUCGUGCUCAACUGCAUGGUGCCCUUCUGCCAGUGCGUGAGUGACACUACCUUCACCAUCUUCGUGUGGUUCGGAUGGGCCAAUUCAUCCCUCAAUCCCGUCAUCUACGCGUUUAACGCGGACUUCAGGAAGGCGUUCUCCUCGAUUCUAGGUUGCAAUAAAAUUUUCCCCAGCACAAACGUGGAGACGGUGAAUUUCAGUAACGAGCUGGUGUCCUAUCACCACGACACGACACUUCAGAAGGAAGCGCAGCCGCUGGCCGUCCAGAUCCCGAACCCUCGAGAGGAGCCGGGUCUCCCGUUCGAUAAGGAUUCGGUUACCUCGAACGUGUCCCGGAAUCACAAAAACAUGCACUUGCCCAACAUCGUACAGUUUGAGUGCGACGGGGAGAUUUCCCUGGACACUAUCACACCAUUCACCUCAACGGGACUCAUGGAGUGCGAGGGAAUCCCAGGUCAAAUUAUCACUGAAUGACUCAGGGAGUUUUUUGAGGUUGCCAAGGUUUUUACCCCACCAAAGAAAGCCAAAACAAACUGUUGGAGUCUUACAGAGUACAUUGAAAAAGUUUAAUUCUACAUAUCACACAGGAAAAAGCAUUUCAAACAGCUUUUCGGUAACCAAAAAGCAUUUUAGCCUGCCACAAAAAGACAUUGCUCGAGCGCUUACAGUAUUAAACGGUACAUUGACAAAAUAUAAAUAGCCUUCUGUUGUUGUUCACUUCAUAACACUUUUUUUUUACAAAUAUAAAACAAACUUGAGACGUUAAGAUUUGCUAGACAAACCUAGGCCAAGACUUAUUGUUAUAAAUGACUUAAGUGAUCCCCUGAAAGUCACGGCAUACACUGUAAAAAAAAAAUAUAUAUAUAUAUUUUCAUGAUUUGUUAUCACAACAUUUAGUUCUUUUGUCAAAUGAACUUAAAUAAUUAAUGUGGUACAGAUAACAUAAUAUUUGAGUUUCUGUUGAUUAAACCAAUCACCUUCAUUGUAUUAACUCAAUUUUUUAAUUUCAAUGAACUCAAAAUUUUAAGGCAGCCAGGUAACUUACUUUUUUAAGUUAAACCAACAAUUAUUUUUUAAGGUGUAUUCAGCACACUGACGGCUUUUAGAGUGAUUUUAUUCACUCUUUGAUUGACGCUGGUGGAAUGAUAAACUCAAAUCCUGAAGUGGGUCACAUGACCCUUACUGACCUCGGUGGCUUUCUUAAAAGAAAAUACAGAUCCUGUUUUAUCUUUAUUUUAAGCGUAAUUAAAUAACUUAAUCUGAUUAAGCACAAAUGUUUUUGUUCACUUGCCAUGUAUAUAUAAAAUAUGAAUUUCAGUAUAACCAGCUGUAUAUUAUGUUAUGUAUUACAUGUGUUUUAACGUGAGAAAUUGCAAUUUGCUGCCAACUUAUGCCGGUUAUGUAGCUAUAAUCGUUGCAGAAGGGAUGAGCACAUUUGCACGUUUCCCUCCACUGUUUUUUACACAAGCCUCAUAUUCUAGAUUUGUCACAGACCUCCAUCACAGCUCUGGCACUCUAUUGGCAUUCUCUCGGCAAACUUCAUGAGGUGCCACCUGGAAUGCUUUUAAUAGUCUACUAAAUUGAGAUCCAUGCUGGAGACUUUUUGUUUGCUUUUCCUUCCCAGUCACCAGUCCAUAAUUGUAUCUAAUUAUCUCAAGCAUUAGAGAGCAGGAACAUUAAUUUGGUCGAAUGUCUAAUCAUGCAUUCUAGGGUUAAUGAUCACACAGAGAUCUUUAGAUCUUGGAUAUAUUAAUCUGAAAUUCCUACAAUACUUUUCUGAACUGACAUAUCCAGGUACCAUUGCAUUUUUUCCCUCAAAUAUCAUUUUAAUCACUUGCAAUCAUUUGUAUUCAUUAAGUAUAUUUAGAGGUGAUAUAUUUUGAGGUCAUGUAAUAAGAUAUUUUUUACUGGUUGAAUGUGAUUGUUAACAGGACAACCAGGUCAUUCCUUCCAGAGGUAGAGUGAUUUAUGUCUCAACUCCUCCCUGUUUCUAACCUACUUCAUGCCAGAUUACAUUAUGGUGAUGAAUAGGCACGGGGUUUCUCAUGGUAAAAUGCAGAAUACUACAAACAGGAAUGGGUAAUAAGACAGUAGCAGUGGAAAUCUCAUCCUUAGAUCAUGUUCUGUAAAUCUGAUCAUGUUGUAUAAACAUUGCAUGGGGUUAUUAAGUUUAUAGUUUUUGCAGAGUUGGUCUAUUCAGCACAGCCUCCUUGAUCAAGCAAGGAAACAUGAUCAUGAAAUGUAUGGACAGCUCAGAAAUUAAAUAAAAAAAAUG